AACAAAAAACACUGAUAAAGGAAAUCGUACAGACACAUACUACACAUGAAAAUAAUUAUUACGAAAGUGUUUUAGCACACUCCGGAACUGGACUUUGAUAAUUGUGUCGUUGCUCUUUGAAAAUGGCGACUUGUCGGUGUAUGGGAGCUUUAAGCCGCAUUUCGAAAAUGAAUGUAAAUAUGUUACGAUAUCAAGGUUUGAAGAUUUCAAGAUUAUAUGCUACACCAGCAGCUGCUUUGGCUACAAAACCCAGUCAUUUGUCUGCAUCACAAUCUGUAUCCUCAGUACAGCACUUGAGGAGCAAAAUUAAUGAAAAUGUGUUUGUUAUAACUUUGGAUACACCUGGUUCAAAGGUGAACACAUUGGGUGAAGAUGUUAUGUAUGAAAUGGAGCAGAUGUUGAAGAAGGUUGAGUCUGACCCUAAUAUCCAUGCUGCUGUCCUUGUCUCCGGGAAGCCAGGCUGCUUUAUUGCUGGUGCUGACAUUGGAAUGUUCGAGUCAUUAAAAACUGUUCAAGAAUUUACAGCUGUAUCUCGCACAGGACAGAAUAUUUUAGGAUUAAUUGAGAAGAGCAAAAAGCCUAUUGUUGCAGCCAUUCAGGGCUCUUGUUUAGGUGGUGGCCUUGAGGUUGCAUUAGCAUGUCAUUACAGAAUAGCAGUAAAAGAUCGAAAAACAGGAUUGGGUCUCCCUGAAGUAAUGCUUGGACUGCUGCCGGGUGCAGGGGGAACUCAGAGAUUACCACGUCUAAUUGCUGUUCCUAGCGCAAUAGAUAUGGCUCUAACUGGUCGCACUGUACCAGCUGACCGAGCCAAAAGGUUGGGCCUUGUUGAUGUGUUAGUUUCACCCCUGGGACCUGGUCUAGACACUCCUGAGAGGAGGACAUUGCAAUACUUGGAGGAGGUGUCUGUAGCUAUUGCAAAAGAUAUUGCGAGUGGAAAACUCAAAGUCAACAGGAAAAAGAAACCUCUUACCCAGACUUUAUUGGAUUUUGGGCUUACCUUUAACUGGGUCAGAAAUCUUGUGUUUGGUCAAGCCAAGAAACAAGUCCUGAAGUUGAGUGGUGGUUUUUAUCCUGCACCUCUUCGCAUUUUAGAUGUGAUAAGAACAGGUCUGGAGAAGGGCCCACAUGCUGGGUACGAAGCAGAGAGCGUAGCAUUUGGCGAGCUGGCCAUGACCCCUCAAAGCAGAGGGUUGGUUGGUUUAUUCCGUGGGCAAACUGAAUGUAAAAAGAAUCGUUUUGGAGUGCCAAAGCAGAACAUCAAGACUAUUGCUGUGGUGGGAGCUGGUUUGAUGGGUGCAGGCAUUGCUCAGGUUUCUGUAGACAAGGGCUAUAGUGUUAUCCUGAAGGAUGCUAACCAAGGAGGACUUGACCGUGGACUGGGUCAAAUCCAGGAUGGCCUUGAGAAAGGUGUCAAGAGGAAAAAGAUUUCUGUAGUUGAGCGGGAUCGCUACCUUGCCAACUUGGACACAACACUCUCUUACAAAAACUUCAAGAAUGUGGACCUAGUGAUCGAAGCUGUUUUUGAAGAUCUAAAAAUGAAGCAUCGUGUGGUCAAGGAAAUAGAGCAGUGCACACCCACUCACUGCGUCAUUGCAACUAACACAAGUGCACUUCCUAUUGCUGAGAUUGCAAAGGCCAGCAAAAAUCCCGAGAAGCUGGUUGGGAUGCAUUAUUUCUCUCCUGUGGACAAAAUGCAACUACUUGAAGUGAUCACAACUGACAAGACAUCACAGGAUACAGCUGCUGCUGCGGUUGAUGUUGGAUUGAAGCAGGGCAAGGUAGUGAUAACAGUCAAGGACGGUCCUGGUUUCUAUACUACGCGUAUUCUUUCUGCCAUGCUCGCUGAAGGAAUUCGCCUUCUACAGGAAGAUGUAGAUCCCAAGGAACUGGACAAGCUGACAAAGUCAUUUGGCUUUCCAGUUGGUGCAGCCACACUGGCAGAUGAAGUUGGCAUUGAUGUAGCAGCUCAUAUUGCUCAAGAUUUAAGCAAAGUAUUUGGCCCCAGAUUUGCGGGGGGUGAUAUAAAUAUCCUGAAAGACAUGGUUCAAGCAGGAUUUCUUGGUCGCAAAUCAUCCAAAGGUUGCUUUGUAUAUGAGGGUGCCAGUAAGAACCGUGAUGUAAACCCUGGAACAUUGGAUAUUUUAUCCAAAUAUAAGGUGGAACCGAAAGGUUCAAGAUCUGUAGAAGAUCUGCAACUUCGUAUGGUGUCACGUUUUGUCAAUGAAGCAAUACUGUGCCUCCAGGAGGGUAUUCUGGAUAAUCCACUGGAAGGAGACGUUGGAGCAGUGUUUGGUUUGGGCUUUCCUCCUUUCACAGGCGGCCCCUUCCGAUGGGUUGAUGGGUACGGUGCGGGCACUUUGGCAAACAAGAUGCUGGAAUUUGAGAAGGACUAUGGAGCACCAUUUAAACCCUGUGAUUUACUUUUAGACCAUGCUAAGAAUUCAGGGAAGAAGUUCCAUCACUAGUGAAUAUGACCUGUACUUUCGAUAAUCAGUGAUGGUUAAACCAGGAUCAAUUCACCAACAUCAAGCCUAACAUUCUGAUAAGGAAGAAGUGAUUAUUUGGCGCUGCUCAGGACCAUAUAUUGAAAGGUUAAACAUUUCUGUUUUAGAAUUGAAAUGGUCUGGAUUAUUUCUGACCCUGGAUUAUUAUGUUUAUAUUGGCUGCUAGUGUUUUGGAUAGGCUUUGCUCAUGCAGAUUGGGUGAUGAGGGGAUGGGACAGCAGUAUUACUGAUAUAAGAUUAUCUGUAAAUCCCAGCUAGUAAUUAUGUAUAACUGGUGGUUAUUGUUCAUAAUGAUUAUUCAGUUCUACAGUAGCAUUAUUACAGAAUUAUUUUGGAAUUUUACUGUCAUUAUUCUGAAAAAGAAAAGGCACAGGGUUUCAACAAAAGAUCCAGUUCAUUCAGUUCUUCGGUGGGGUUUAGGGAUAAUUGAAUGAUCCAGCAGUGCUAUAUGGGUGAAACUGUCAGAAUUUAUCAAUGCAAUUCUGCUGUGAUCAUUUAUCCAUUGUAAAUAAUGUACCUUGUGUGUAACAUUAAUGUAAGAGUCAAUUUUCAUUGUUUUUUGGUGAAGUCCAGUUUGUAUGUAUGAUAUUAAUUUCAGAAUAUAAUAAAUAAUUUUGCUACUAUUAUUA